GCUCCGGAUGCACUUCCGGCGUGCCUUUACCUCCUCUUGCGCUCUCAUGUUAAUGGCGGGUGGCGUCUGCUGAGGAGAACGCGAAUAACCGCUCCCGGCACAGGGAAAGUCUCCCUGCCUGCCCCAUUUCCUCUCGCCGCCAGUAUUCGAGCUAGUCAGCAUGUCCGUGGUGCCGCCCAAUCGCUCACAAACCGGCUGGCCCCGAGGGGUCAACCAGUUCGGCAACAAGUACAUCCAGCAGACGAAGCCCCUCACCCUGGAGCGAACCAUCAAUCUGUACCCUCUUACCAAUUAUACUUUUGGUACAAAAGAGCCCCUCUAUGAGAAGGACAGCUCUGUUGCAGCCAGAUUUCAGCGCAUGAGGGAGGAAUUUGAUAAAAUUGGAAUGAGAAGGACCGUAGAAGGGGUUCUGAUUGUCCAUGAACACCGGCUACCACAUGUGUUACUGCUGCAGCUGGGCACAACUUUCUUCAAAUUACCUGGUGGUGAACUUAACCCUGGAGAAGAUGAAGUUGAAGGACUAAAACGCUUAAUGACAGAGAUACUGGGUCGUCAAGAUGGAGUCCUGCAAGACUGGGUCAUUGAUGACUGCAUUGGUAACUGGUGGAGACCAAAUUUUGAACCUCCUCAGUAUCCGUAUAUUCCUGCACAUAUUACAAAGCCUAAGGAACAUAAGAAGUUAUUUUUGGUUCAACUUCAAGAGAAAGCCUUGUUUGCAGUCCCUAAAAAUUACAAGCUUGUAGCUGCACCAUUGUUUGAAUUAUAUGACAAUGCACCAGGAUAUGGACCCAUCAUUUCCAGUCUCCCUCAGCUUCUGAGCAGGUUCAAUUUUAUAUACAACUGAAUUCCUGCACAGUGGAGAAGUAAAAGAAGCCGUCUCUGUGAGCACAGCUAUAACACAUUGUAGAAUAAACAUGGUAGACAAGGUUUUUUUUGGUUUUGUUUUGUUUUGUUUUUUAUCUCUUCCCCAAUCCCUAAAUUGCUACCUACUUUCUGUUUGAAUAGUAAAGUUAAUAUGAAGAACUAGAUAGUGGUGUAAACAAAUGUGAUAAAGUUUAAUUUACUUUUGGUUCUACUCCUACUUUUUGUACAACAUUAAAGAGUAUGGACUUCUUUCUAUUUGUAUUUUUGUUUUUCACAUUAAACUUGGAAAAUUCUUA